AUGGCGGCCUUCGGGAUCCUGAGCUACGAGCACCGGCCCCUGAAGCGGCCGCGCCUGGGGCCGCCUGACGUCUACCCGCAGGACCCCAAGCAGAAGGAGGAUGAGCUCACCGCUUUAAAUGUGAAGCAGGGUUUCAAUAAUCAGCCAGCAGUCUCUGGAGAUGAACAUGGUACUGCCAAAAAUGUCAACUUUAAUCCAGCUAAGAUUAGUUCAAAUUUUAGCAGCAUUAUUGCAGAGAAGCUUCGCUGCAACACGCUGCCUGACACGGGAAGACGGAAACCUCAGGUGAACCAGAAGGAUAACUUCUGGCUGGUGACGGCACGCUCUCAGAGUGCCAUAAACAACUGGUUCACAGAUCUGUCUGGGACUAAGCCCCUCACUCACCUGGCUAAAAAGGUACCCAUCUUUAGUAAGAAGGAGGAGGUCUUUGGUUACUUGGCAAAAUACACUGUUCCAGUGAUGAGAGCAGCCUGGCUGAUCAAAAUGACUUGCGCCUACUAUGCUGCCAUCACAGAAACUAAGGUGAAAAAACGGCACGUCAUUGAUCCCUUUAUCGAGUGGACACAGAUCAUCACCAAGUACCUGUCAGAGCAGCUGCAGAAGAUUUCUGAGUUCUAUAGGCAGCUCUCUGGGCAGGGUUGUGGUUCACCAUCUGGGCCCAUGCCGCAGGAGGUGGAGCACGCUUUGAAACAAUGGGACUACAAUGAGAAACUGGCUAUGUUCAUGUUCCAGGACGGGAUGCUGGACAGACACGAAUUCCUCACCUGGGUGCUUGAAUGCUUUGAGAAGCUACGGCCAGGAGAAGAUGAAUUGUUGAAACUGCUCUUACCUCUGCUGCUGCGGUACUCUGGAGAGUUCGUGCAGUCUGCAUACCUGUCCAGGCGCUUGGCCUACUUCUGUACCCGCAGGCUUGCCAUGCAGGUGGACGGCACGGGUGGGCACCUGCCCCACAUCCUAUCCGCACAGACAGGAGCUGCCCUCCCGUCAACACCCGCCCCUCAACCGGCUGCAGGAAAUCCUCCCCCUAGUCCCUUCAGUGACUUGCUGCUCUGUCCCCAACACCGCCCGGUGGUAUUUGGGCUCAGCUGCAUUCUACAGAGUAUCAUCCUGUGCUGCCCAAGUGCUCUGGUCUGGCAUUACUCCCUGACUGACAGCAGGAUAAAGACUGGCUCUCCACUGGACCAUCUGCCUAUUGCCCCCUCCAACCUGCCCAUGCCCGGGGGAAACUCGGCCUUCACCCAGCAGGUUCGGGCGAAGCUCCGUGAGAUUGAGCAGCAGAUAAAGGAGCGUGGCCAGGCAGUUGAGGUCCGCUGGUCAUUUGACAAGUGCCAGGAAACCACUGCAGGAUUCACUAUCGGCCGGGUUCUGCACACUUUGGAAGUUCUGGACAGUCACAGCUUUGAGAGAUCUGACUUCAGCAACUCUUUGGAUUCCCUGUACAACAGGAUAUUUGGGCUGGGACCAAGCAAAGACAGUCAUGAGAUCUCCCCAGAUGAUGACGCAGUGGUGGCCUUGCUGUGUGAGUGGGCUGUGAGCUGUAAGCGCUCCGGCCGCCACAGGGCUAUGGUUGUGGCUAAACUGCUGGAAAAGCGGCAAGCGGAGAUAGAGGCCGAGAGAUGUGGGGACUCUGAAGUUGUGGAUGAGAAAGGCUCCAUCUCCUCAGGUUCCCUCUCAGCAGCCAGCACGCCUGUCUUCCAGGAUGUCCUCAUGCAGUUCCUCGACACUCAGGCUCCUGUGCUAACGGACCCAGCGAAUGAAAGUGAGAAGGUGGAGUUCUUCAACCUGGUGCUGCUGUUCUGUGAGCUGAUCCGGCAUGACGUCUUCUCUCACAACAUCUAUAUGUGCACACUCAUCUCCCGGGGCGACCUGGCCAUGGACUCGCAUGGGCCCCGCCCUCCCUCGCCCUUCGAUGACCCCGCCGAGGAGCAUGACCGAAAGGAGGGGAUGGGCAACAGUGGCAUCAAGCUGGAGGACACCGGCCUCUCGGAGUCCAUGGAUAUUGAUCAUAGCUCCAGCGUGCUGUUUGAUGACAUGGAGAAGACUGAUUUCUCGAUGUUCUCUCCUCCAAUGCACUGUGAGUCUAAGGCCAGCCCUUCCCCUGAGAAACCAGACCCUGAGAAGGAAGCAAAGCCUCUGCUAAAGGAAAAGGCUGCAGAAGGAACACUAGCAUCCCUGUACGACCAGCCCCGGCACAUCCAGUAUGCCACGCACUUUCCUAUCCCUCAGGAAGAGUCAUGCAGUCAUGAAUGUAACCAGCGGCUGGUGGUUCUGUUUGGGGUUGGGAAACAGCGAGAUGAUGCCCGACAUACCAUCAAGAAGAUAACCAAAGACAUUCUGAAGGUGUUAAACAGGAAGAGCACAGCAGAGACAGGUUAGUGCAGCCUGGGCCCGCCCUGCCCCAGGAAGGUGUUCCUUUCCAGCUGGUUGGGUGGAGAGGAAGGCCAGAAGAGGAAGAGGAGCAAGCCAGAGGCAUUCCCAACAGCUGAGGAUAUCUUUGCUAAAUUCCAACACCUUUCUCACUUUGAUCAGCACCAGGUCACCUCUCAGGUAUCUCGCAAUGUCUUGGAACAGAUCACCAGCUUUGCCUUAGGGAUGUCAUACCAUCUGCCUCUGGUGCAGCACGUGCAGUUCAUCUUUGACCUGAUGGAGUAUUCGCUCAACAUCAGUGGUCUCAUUGACUUCGCUAUCCAGUUGCUGAACGAGCUGAGCGUGGUGGAGGCAGAGCUGCUGUUGAAAUCUUCCGACCUAGUUGGCAGCUACACCACCAGCCUGUGCUUGUGCAUCGUGGCUGUGCUGCGGCACUACCACUCCUGCCUUAUCCUGAACCAAGACCAGAUGGCCCAGGUCUUCGAAGGUCUGUGUGGGGUGGUGAAACAUGGCAUGAACCGCUCCGAUGGCUCCUCAGCAGAGCGCUGUAUCCUGGCCUACCUCUACGACCUAUACACCUCCUGCAGUCACCUCAAGAGUAAAUUUGGGGAGCUCUUUAGUGACUUCUGCUCCAAGGUGAAGAACACAAUCUACUGCAAUGUGGAGCCCUCUGAUUCUAACAUGCUGUGGGAGCCCGAGUUCAUGAUCGACACCAUCGAGAAUCCAUCCGCACACAACUUCACCUACACCAACUUGGGCAAGAGCCUCAACGACAACCCGGCCAACCGCUACAGCUUUGUGUGCAAUGCACUCAUGCACGUGUGUGUGGGACAUCAUGACCCAGACCGAGUCAAUGACAUAGCUAUCCUAUGUGCUGAGCUGACUGGUUACUGCAAAUCCCUGAGUGCCGAGUGGCUGGGCGUGCUCAAGGCUUUGUGCUGCUCCUCCAACAACGGGACUUGUGGCUUCAACGACCUCCUCUGCAAUGUUGACGUGAGCGACUUAUCCUUCCAUGACUCCUUGGCCACCUUUGUUGCCAUUCUCAUUGCCCGUCAGUGCUUGCUGUUGGAGGACCUGAUUCGCUGUGCAGCCAUCCCCUCACUCCUCAAUGCUGCCUGCAGUGAACAGGAUUCGGAACCGGGGGCCCGUCUGACCUGUCGGAUUUUGCUACACCUGUUUAAGACACCACAGCUGAACCCAUGCCAGCAGGAUGGCAAUAAGCCCACAGUGGGAAUUCGUUCCUCCUGUGACCGCCACUUGCUGGCUGCUUCCCAGAACCGAAUUGUGGAUGGAGCAGUCUUUGCAGUGCUGAAGGCUGUCUUUGUGCUGGGUGAUGCAGAGCUGAAAGGCUCUGGCUUUUCCCACCCUGGAGGGGUGGAUGACCUUAUGGAAGAUGAGCUGGGUGCCAAGAAGUCUGCUGGCCGGACAGUGUCCAUAGAGACGGCCAGCCUGGAUAUUUAUGCCAAGUAUGUCCUGAGGAGUAUCUGUCAGCAGGAGUGGGUGGGUGAACGAUGUCUGAAGUCCCUCUGUGAAGACAGCAAUGAUCUGCAGGAUCCCGUUCUGAGCAGCACCCAGGCCCAGAGGCUGAUGCAGCUGAUCUGUUACCCACAUCGACUGCUGGACAAUGAGGAGGGAGAGAAUCCGCAGCGACAGAGGAUUAAACGCAUCCUACAGAACUUGGACCAAUGGACAAUGAGGCAGUCCUCGUUGGAGCUGCAGCUCAUGAUUAAGCAGACAGCAAACAAUGAGAUGAAUUCCUUGUUAGAAAACAUUGCCAAGGCCACCAUUGAGGUGUUCCAGCAGUCAGCAGAGACCAGCUCCGCUAACUCCACUGGAACUGGAGUCAACAGCCUCAGCACUGCGCCUGUGAGCACUGCAUCUGCCAGCAACAAAGCCAAACCCAUCCUCAGUUCCUUGGAGAGGUCAGGAGUGUGGCUGGUGGCCCCACUUAUCGCCAAGCUGCCCACAUCGGUGCAGGGCCAUGUACUUAAAGCUGCUGGAGAAGAGCUAGAGAAAGGACAGCACCUGGGGUCAUCGUCCCGCAAAGAGCGAGAUCGCCAGAAGCAGAAGAGCAUGUCCCUCCUGAGCCAGCAGCCCUUCCUGUCACUGGUGCUGACAUGUUUAAAAGGACAGGAUGAGCAGCGAGAAGGCCUCCUUACCUCACUCUACAGCCAGGUCCAGCAGAUUGUUACAAACUGGCGGGAAGAUCAGUACCAGGACGACUGUAAAGCCAAACAGCUGAUGCAUGAGGCCUUGAAACUGCGACUGAAUCUGGUGGGGGGGAUGUUUGACACAGUUCAGCGCAGCACACAGCAGACAACAGAGUGGGCGGUGCUUCUCCUGGACAUCAUCAGCAGUGGGACUGUCGACAUGCAGUCAAACAACGAGCUCUUCACCACAGUGCUGGACAUGCUGAGUGUGCUCAUCAACGGCACCCUGGCUGCGGACAUGUCCAGCAUUUCUCAGGGCAGCAUGGAGGAGAACAAGCGAGCAUACAUGAACCUGGUCAAGAAACUCAGGAAGGAGUUGGGCGACCGACAAUCCGACAGCCUGGAGAAAGUGCGACAGCUACUUCCUCUUCCCAAGCAGACUCGGGACGUCAUUACCUGCGAACCUCAGGGAUCCCUCAUUGACACCAAAGGCAACAAGAUUGCUGGCUUUGACUCUAUUUUCAAGAAGGAGGGUUUGCAAGUCUCCACGAAGCAGAAGAUUUCCCCCUGGGAUCUGUUUGAGGGCCUGAAGCACUCAGCCCCCCUCUCUUGGGGCUGGUUUGGGACUGUGCGGGUGGAUCGUAAGGUGUCCAGGUUCGAGGAGCAGCAGAGGCUCCUGCUGUAUCAUACACACCUGAAACCCAAGCCCUGCAGCUACUACCUGGAGCCACUGCCACUGCCUCCCGAGGAGGAGGAGCCCCCCACACCUGUGGCCCUAGAGCCAGAGAAGAAGGUUGUAGAGCCAGCCAAGGCUGAUAAAACCAGCUCCAAUCCUGCCACCUCCACUGAGGAGCGCAAGAAGAAACCGAGCAAGAGCAAGAAACGCAACCAGCCUGCCAACAAAAGCGAGGAUUUUGUGUUGGGCCCUGGCCGAGGAGUCUCCUAUGGAGUUGGCAUGCCUGCAGACCUCAUGCAUCAUCAGGCUGGGAAUUCCAUGUCUAGACUGGCAUAUGGGCAGUCGCCAGUGGGUCUCUAUGCCCAGAAUCAGCCUCUGCCAGCAGGUGGCCCUCGGCUGGAUACCUCCUACAGACCUGUACGCGUGCCCCUGGGAAAGCUGGUGCAGAGUCGGCCCUCCUACAGUGGGGUGCUGCCUUCGGGGAUGAGUGGCAUGAUGGGAAUUGACCCUUCCUACAAGCCAGCAGUCUACAGACAGCAGCCUCCAGUUUCCCAAGGGCAGCUGCUCCGCCAGCAGCUUCAGCAGGGCCAGGGAAUGCUGGGGCAGCCGCCAGUGCGCCACAUGACCCCUACCCCUUCCUAUGGAGCCCUGCAGCCUUCCCAGGGUUACACACCUUACGUCUCCCAUAUAGGCCUGCAGCAGCAUCCCCCUCAGUCCAGUACAAUGGUACCUCCCAACUAUUCCAGCCAGCCCUACCAGAAUUCCCAUCCCAGCUCAAACCCAGCUCUCGUGGAUCCCGUCAGACAGAUGCAGCAGAGACCAAGUGGCUAUGUGCAUCAGCAGGCCCCCGGCUAUGGCCACGCCCUGGGCAACACACAGAGGUUUCCUCAUCAGUCGAUACAGCAAGCGCCUAUGAUGAGCGGGAUGAAUCAUAUGAGUGCACAAGGGGUUCCAUCAGGAAUCCGACCCAGUCAGAUAUUACCUGAUCAGCAGCAGCAGCAGCAGCAGCAGCAGCAGUACCUGAGGCAGCAGCAGCAGCAACAGCAGAUGCUGAGGCAGCAACAGCAGCAGCAACAGCAACAACAACAACAACAACAACAACAACAGCAGCAGCAACAGGCACCACCACAGCAACAGCCACAGGUGUCCACAGUCCCUCAGCCACAAGCCCAGGGCCAGCCUCCUGGCCUGGGGAUGCAGGCUCUUCCUCCUCAACAGCCCAUUUUCCAGCGCCAGGGUCUCCAGCAGACACAGCAGCAGCAGCAAACAGCUGCCCUGGUCCGACAGCUUCAGCAGCAACUCUCUAAUACACAGCCACAGCAGAACAACAAUCCAUUUGGACGCUACUGAGCCAUGGCACUUGGGCCCGAUCCAGAGGGAGACAUCACUGUGGACUGGAUACAGCCUCCCCCCCAGUGGGGGCUGUUCCCAACCCUCUGUCCCUGGGGCACCUGCCCAGGCACCGUGUUCUGCAGCUGCCCUUCUUGGAGGGAGGGAGUAAUUUUUAUCAUACAGAGAAAAUGUUUUUACUCCGGUUUCUACAAAGGUUUAUGGAGAUCCCGUGUGAUUGGUAGUCUCCCCUCCCCCUUUGGUUUCAGUUUUUACUAAGUUUUUAGUAUUUUUGUUAAAAUAAUGAUUAAGACAUUGUAAGAUUUUGUACUUUAUUUAUACCAGAUGAAACCCUGUAUUGCAGACGUCCUCAAACAAAUACAGAGAGCUUACUUUGCGAAA